AUGAAGCGAAUCUUUGGGUCGGCUAAGAAGGAGCCACCACCAGAUCUCAACGCGGCCAUCGAAAAAGUCGGCGCCAGAGGGGAAUCGAUUGACACUAAGAUCAAGAAACUCGAUGGUGAAUUGGUCAAACUCCGUGAUCAGAUGGGCAAGAUGCGAGAAGGGCCGAGCAAGAACAUGAUCAAACAAAAAGCUCUCAGAAUUCUCAAGCAGAAGCGAAUGUACGAGAACCAAAAGGACCAACUCGAUCAGCAGUGCUUCAACAUGGAUCAAAGCCAUUUUGCCAUUCAAGGGAUGAAGGACACUCAAAUAACAGUGGCCGCCAUGAAAGAUGGCCUUAAAGCGUUCAAGAAGGAGUACAAGAAAGUCGACAUCAACAAAAUUGAAGAUUUACAGGACCAAAUGGAGGACAUGCUUGAUCUAAACAACGAAAUCCAGGAUGCAAUGAGUCGCCAAUAUGACACACCUGAUAUUGAUGAGACAGAUUUGGAAGCGGAAUUGGCGGCUUUGGGAGAUGAAAUUGGAUUGGGCGAAGCCGAUUCAGCCUACCUGGACGAGGCUCUCAACGCUCCCUCCGUUCCCGAAGCUAAACCAACGGCGCAUAAGACGGCCGAAGGAAUCGAAGUUGACGAGUUUGGGCUGCCGCGGAUCCCCGCU